UGAAGGCAUGAUGAGUCAAAUAGUCGGAGCACUUGGAGUGCUGCUCUUUGCCUUGGCAGCCUGCCAGGCGGAAACCGUGGUCCGAUAUGAGACCAACACGCAAAAGGACACCUACGGACCGGUGACCAUGGUCGUGGACAAUCUGGCGGAGAUUGCCGUCAACGUCAGCGACAACUCAACCGCCCAGUUGCAAGCCAAGAUGGAUCGCACCGAGCGGGACAUAGCCGGGAAUAUGGAGGUACUCACUGCAAAUGCCGUGGCCCAGUUGAGCGAUGUCAUCUUCCAGACCAACGAGCUGCUGGUGGCCAAUCCCGACUGCAAUCCCGCCUGGAGCCUGGAUGAGCUCAACGAGAAUGUGACCGCUCAGCUGAGCACUUGCACGGCCAACUUGGAAGAUCUCCUGAAGGAUUUCCGGGUGCAAAGCCAGCAGGCGAUGAGCCGCGUUCAGGGAUUUGUCCAGCAGAUUGCCGAGCUGCCCGCCAAGUGCCAGAUGGUGGGCGCUUCUUCGCUGAACCCCUUGGCCUCGGCCGGUGCCCAUGUCUGCUUCAUCAAUGGCAUGGCGGAGGUGAACGUGGGCAUGGCCCAGUCUAUGCACAGCGCCUCCGUGCUCCUGGUCCAGACCCACCAGGCAGCCGCCGAUCAGGAGAAGCAGGCGCAGCAGUGCAGUGGAGCCGUGGUGCAGCAGGUCGGUGACUAUCUGCGGGAGGAGCAGGACCAGUGCCAGUCCUAAGAUCGAGAGAGAGAGGGAGUCCCUACGAAAUACAGGCAAAUUUAUGCACCCAGGACGAGAACUCACCACAUCCUGCUCACUUAUUGCUUAUGCAUGACAUUUAUUUGACAAGUUUUUGAUUGAUUUUACAGCUGCUGCAACCGAUCUGGUGCGUCCAGAGUUAUCUGCAUGUCCGCAGACACAGUCGAACCUUUCUAUAGCGAACUUUACCAAACUAACUCAAAUGAAUGUAUAACUUAGUUGUAAUAUUUUCCCAUUAUUUUUUCGAAGUUUAAUUUAAAACAAGAAUUUAAAAUAGUUUCACAAUUUAAAUCUAGUACUGAUUUCCUACCUUAUUAACAAAUUAUUUAAUAAGAGCGAGACUUGCAGAGCCAAA